CCAGACUCUAUUGCUUGACUUUUCAUAUCUCAUCUCUGAAAUCUUUGAUUUGAGGUGGGUGGUGAUGGAAUCAUCAAGUUGCGGUCCAUUUGAUUUCUCUGCAAAAUAUUACAAGGUGAGUGAAGAUGGAAGUGGGUGCGAGAGAUUGAGUAGUUUUUUUCAAGGCAAAGCUGUGCUUGAUCAAGGAGUUGGCUACUCUGUUAUUCUUGGCUUUGGUGCCUUCUUUGCCCUCUUUACCUCUUUCCUGGUUUGGCUGGAGAAGAGGUAUGUUGGGUCCCGUCAUACAUCUGAAUGGUUCAACACUGCAGGCAGGAAUGUUAAAACAGGACUCAUUGCCAGUGUCAUUGUAUCACAGUGGACAUGGGCUGCUACAAUAUUGCAGAGUUCUAAUGUUGCUUGGAAAUAUGGAGUCAGUGGACCUUUUUGGUAUGCCAGUGGAGCCACCAUCCAGGUACUGUUGUUCGGUAUAAUGGCAAUUGAGAUCAAAAGAAAGGCUCCUUACGCUCAUACCGUUUGUGAAAUUGUUAAAGCUCGUUGGGGAACGGCUGCACAUAUCGUGUUCCUCGUUUUCUGCUUCCUCACAAACAUUAUCGUGACAGCCAUGUUGCUCCUCGGCGGUUCUGCUGUUGUAAAUGCAUUAACUGGAGUGAAUAUAUAUGCCGCUAGCUUCUUAAUUCCGCUAGGGGUUAUUGUUUACACAUUAGCAGGAGGUCUCAAGGCCACAUUCCUAGCAAGCUACAUACAUUCUGUCAUAGUCCAUGUGGUUUUGGUCAUCUUCGUAUACCUAGUUUAUGCAGCAAGCAACGAGCUUGGGAGUCCCGGAGUCGUUUAUAAUCGUUUGAUUCAGGUUGCGAGUAAGUCAAGGUCGUGUGGAAUGCCAUUUUCGCAUGAUGGCCAAUCUUGUGGUCCUGUUAAUGGAAACUACAAAGGUUCUUACUUAACUAUGUUGAGUUCAGGAGGACUCGUUUUUGGGAUUAUCAACAUAGUUGGUAACUUUGGCACUGUUUUCGUAGACAAUGGAUAUUGGGUAAGUGCCAUAGCUGCCAGGCCUUCAUCGACUCACAAAGGCUACUUGUUGGGAGGACUGGUCUGGUUUGCAGUGCCAUUUUCUUUGGCAACAUCAUUGGGACUGGGUGCACUUGGACUCGAUCUACCAAUCUCGGAAACUGAGGCAAACCAUGGUCUUGUUCCUCCUGCUACUGCUGUAGCCUUGAUGGGAAAAACAGGAUCUGUUCUGCUUCUUACCAUGCUUUUUAUGGCUGUAACAUCGGCAGGUUCCUCAGAACUUAUUGCAGUGUCCUCACUAUGCACAUACGAUAUCUAUCGUACCUACAUAAAUCCGGAGGCAAAUGGACCAGAAAUACUCAAAGUAUCAAGAUUUGUUGUUCUAGGCUUUGGAUGCUUCAUGGGAUUAUUAGCAGUAAUCCUGAACAAAGCAGGAGUAUCACUAGGGUGGAUGUAUUUAGCAAUGGGAGUUCUAAUUGGCUCAGCAGUGCUGCCCAUUGCAUUCAUGCUUAUAUGGUCAAAAGCUAAUGCAGCAGGUGCCAUUCUUGGCACAGUCACUGGUUGUAUUCUGGGAAUUACUGUUUGGUUAUCGGUCACAAAAAUCGAGUAUGGACAAGUAAAUCUUGACACAACCGGAAGAAAUGCACCUAUGCUCGCAGGUAAUCUUGUUUCCAUACUUACAGGUGGUGUUGUUCAUGGUAUAUGCAGUAUUCUGCAGCCUCAAAAUUACAAAUGGGAUACAACAAAGGAAAUUACGAUGGUUGAGAAGAUAGAAGAAGCAUCCGAUGAGUUUAAAGAAGAGAAGUUAACGAAAGCAAAAUCUUGGAUAAUCAAAUGGGGUAUUGGAUUCACUGUUGUGAUUGUCGUAUUAUGGCCACUUCUCAGUGUACCAGCAGGAGAAUUCAGUGUAGGAUACUUCACAUUCUGGGCUGCGAUUGCUAUAGCAUGGGGAACAAUUGGAUCUGCAGUGAUCGUUGUAUUACCAUUAGCUGAAAGCUGGAAGACAAUCCAAAGGGUGUUUUUGGGUAUGUUUACAAAUGACAGGUUGAUGGAGAAGGUUGAGGAGAUGAAUCUGAAACUCCAUUCAAUAAUGGUGGCUAUACCUGAAGCAAAAAAGAUUUAUUUGGCUGAGAAGGAAAAAGAAGAAAAAUGAUGCAUCACAGAAACUGGCUUAAAAAUCUCUUAUAAAAAUGAAG